AUGCGCCCUUCUCCGCGCGUGCUUGCGGCCUCACUUCCACACGUUGCGGUAUUUCGGCCCCACAUUCAUUCCUCUCCGUGCGCUAUUUGUGACGCCGCGGCGGAAGCAUCUCAAGGCACGCGUGGCGUUCCACCCCCAAGUGGGUUUCCUCCUCCCACCUCCUCCACCUCCGCGCGGGUCGUAACGCGCCUCGUCGUGGGCCCCCCAGGCAGCGGGUGGCCCACCACCGUGGAAAGACGAAGAGAGGGGCUGAAGAUAUGGCUGCAGCGGCAGGGCGAGUGGGAUGAGGGGCGGUGUGGGGUGAAUGUGUCUCACUUGCAAAAGUGCUGGGAAGCCUUUUGCGAUCCCACACGGACGCCGACGAAGGACGACAUUGCAGGCACGGUCGACUUCCUUGAUCAGUUCUGCGAGGUAAAACUCGAGGCGGCGCCCACUGCAACGCCGAGCGCCUCGCAUUCCAUGCCCCAAGCGAGGGAGCAACCGCAACCUCAGAAUUUAGUCUCAGGCAACGCUUCUCAUGCAAAAGAGGAAUCGGAGAAUGCUUUCUUAACUCGCAUCCAAACUUCGAUGUCUGCACCAGCGGAUAUUGAGCGACAAGGGAUCUUUCAACGCACACUUUUGGAUUUUCGUGAGGUGGCCAACAACAACAAUUUGCCCUUUUUCUUGUGUUGCGGAACCGCCUUGGGAGCCCACCGUGAAGGGUUCUUCAUUCCUCACGACAAAGACAUCGAUGUGGGCGUUUUCUAUGAGGAUUUGCAACGCCUCGGUGGAGCUGUGGAAGGCGACGCGCAGUCCGCCGUCAUUUCGCUUUUAUCACAAGUGGCGCUGGACGGCCAUUUUGUGUUGCUUGACGUCUGCGGGACCGUGGAGAAGGGGCUGGAGCUGCGUUUCUUGCAUCAUGAGACGCGGGUGGCACUUGACCUGAAUGUGUACUACCCGCCCCUCGCGGAGGAUGCGGAGCUUGUCGCUCAGUGUGGCCCGUUCAUAUGGACGGCAUCGCACUACGAAGCGGCAGCUUCUCGUCGUCACGGCAUGUACCGCUACCGGCACGCACCCUUCCGUGAGGCGCUGAUUCGGCUGCCUUUCUGCGACCCCGCCGCAGGGUCACGGGCCGAGGGCUUUUUUGUGCCGCCAACGUCCUACCUGCUGGAGUACUUUGGAGUGGGGUGGCGGACGCCGCGUGAGUACACAUACACUGAGGCUCUGCAGAAUGGGGAGUACAAGAACAUCGUUGAGGAAUGA